AUGACCUCCUCCAUCCCUUGGACAAAAGUCAAAGCCAUAUCCUUCGAUGUCUAUGGCACCCUCAUCGACUGGGAAAACGGCAUAGCCCAAACCGCCCGCGCCACCGCCCUAGGCCCCUACCUCCCAGACUCCCACAAACAACUCAUGCUGGACAUCGAAUCCUACGACCUCCCCGUGCAGAAGGAGUUGCCGACUAUGCCGCAAUCCGAGAUCAUCGCCGAAGGCCUGCGCCGCUACGCUCGCGAUUUGAAGGUCGUGGAAAACGGUCAAUUGACACAGGACCAAGUCGAGCAGGCAUGCAAGCAGUACGGAUCUAGUAUCGGUGAGUACCCAGCUUUCCCGGACACGGUGGCGGCGAUGCAGCGGCUUGGGAGGCGGUUUAAGUUGAUCCCGCUGUCGAAUAUCGAUCACAAGUCUUUUGACAAAGCGAGGGCGACGAGUUUGAAGGGCGUAAACUUCGAUGCUGUCUAUACGGCUGAGGAUAUUGGGAGUUAUAAGCCUGACCUAAAGAACUUUCAUUACUUGCUGGAGCAUGUGAAGCAAGACUUCGGUGUCGAGAAGGGCGAGCUGGUGCAUAUGGCGCAGAGUCUGCUGCAUGAUCAUGGUCCGGCAAGCAAGAUGGAGAUUCAGAGUGUGUGGGUUGAUAGGAAGGGGUUCAUGGGUGGGGAGGUGGAGGGAUCGCAGGAGCGGUUUGGGUAUCAGGUGAAAGUUGAUACGAUUGGGGAGUUGGCUGAUUUUGUUGAUGAGGCGUUCGAGAAGGCGAAGUAG